AUGACCACCGUCGCGCUUCUUCGGUCUCUCGGUCGCCGUGAACUCCUCUCUGCCUACAAAUUCAGCUCUGUUAGCUCCGGCGGGAGAACGACGGAGCUCCGGUUAAAUGGAGUCAGAGAUAUCAUCGCCGUUGCGUCUGGUAAAGGGGGAGUCGGAAAGUCUUCGACUGCUGUUAACUUAGCUGUUGCAUUAGCCAACAAAUUCGAAUUGAAGAUUGGAUUGCUUGAUGCUGAUGUCUAUGGACCAUCUGUUCCAAUCAUGAUGAAUAUCAACCAAAAGCCUCAAAUGCUUCCAGUUGAGAACUAUGGAGUUAAAUGUAUGUCAAUGGGACUUCUUGUAGAUAAAGAUGCACCAAUUGUGUGGAGAGGUCCUAUGGUAAUGAGUGCUCUUGCUAAGAUGACAAGAGGAGUUGAUUGGGGAAUUCUCGAUAUUCUUGUUGUCGAUAUGCCUCCUGGAACUGGUGAUGCUCAAAUUACCAUAUCCCAAAAUCUGAAACUCUCGGGUGCUGUAAUUGUAUCAACUCCACAAGAUGUUGCGCUUGCUGAUGCUAACCGAGGAAUUUCCAUGUUCGAUAAAGUUAGAGUACCUAUCUUGGGACUUGUGGAGAACAUGAGUUGUUUCAUUUGUCCUCACUGUAACGAAGCUUCUUUCAUAUUUGGGAAAGAAGGAGCACGCCGGAUGGCUACAAAGAAGGGUUUGAAACUCAUCGGUGAGAUUCCACUGGAAGUGAAAAUCAGAGAAGGUUCUGAUGAAGGUGUUCCUGUGGUUGUUUCUUCACCUGGUUCUGUAGUAUCAAAAGCUUAUGAAGAUCUAGCUCAAAACGUGGUGAAUAGACUCAAGGAACUACGCGAUAAUCCAGAGAACGAGAUUCAGAUGAAGCUAAACGUUCCAGAUUCUAGCUCUUCAUCAUAG